GGCAAAACUCAAAAAGAAACGAGAGCGCGGAAACAAAACAAAAAUAAAAUCUCCCGAUUCCCCUCCUCUCCCCGGCGGCCGGAGUUCUACCGGCGACCGAGAUGGCCAACAAGCUGGUCUCGGACAUGUGCCUGCCCCCCCACCUCGCCCACCUCCUCGCCGCGCGCCGCCUCACCACGGCGAAGGACGUGCUCUCGCUGCCGGAGGUGGAGCUCAUGUCCCUGCUCGACGCGGGCCUCGCCACCGCCCGCGACGCCGUGCGGCACGUCAGCGAGUUCGCCUGCCCUCCCUGCCAGACGGCGCUCGCGCUGCUGGAGGAGCGGGUGAGGCUGGGGGGCGGCGGCCGGCUGGCCACCACGCUCUGCGGGCUGGAUGAGGCGCUGGGCGGAGGUAUCCCCCUGGGCAAGCUCACCGAGGUCGUCGGGCCCUCCGGGAUCGGCAAGACGCAGUUUUGUCUGAAGCUUGCGCUGCUAGCAACCUUACCAGAAUGCUACGGGGGUCUAAAUGGUCGAGUUGUGUAUAUUGACACCGAAUCCAAGUUCUCUUCACGGAGGAUGAUAGAGAUAGGUCAGAAAAGCUUUCCUCAAAUAUUUAGGCAAGAAGGCUUGGCACAAAAGAUGGCUGGCAGGAUCCUAGUGAUGCGACCAACAUCAUUAUCUGAUUUCACAAAGAGUUUGGAACAGAUGAAGGUGACUCUCCUACAAAAUGAUGUGAAGUUACUCAUUGUUGAUAGCGUGGCUGCUUUCAUGUCAUCGGAGAACGAAAGAGGUACAACAGGUUUCACACAACACCCUCUAAGAUGGGCUCUUUCAUUUCUUAAGUCUAUAGCAGAGUUGACAAGAAUUCCAGUUGUAGUUUCAAACCAGGUCCGCAGCCAAAGUAAUGAUGAUGGUUAUCAUUACUCGUUUGAAGUAAAAAGGAUGGGUGAUGGUGUUGGCGCUGAAAGACUCGAAUCUCAUCUUGUUGCUGCUCUAGGAAUCCAGUGGGCUCAUGCUGUAACAAUCCGUCUAGUCUUUGAGUCUCACUCAGGUCAGAGGUUCAUCAAGGUGGCGAAAUCGCCCAUGUCUCCAGCAGUAGCAUUUCCUUUCAUUGUGGAAUCAUCAGGCAUUACAUUGCUAAACGAUGAUGGCAUUGAUGUGUCAGGUCCUGAGAUAACCUCGAUUCGCUGUCAAGGGCAAAAUUUGUUGGGUCUGUUAUCAUUUGAAAACUGAGGAUGAUCUCAUAUGGGUCGACAGGAGGUAGUCAGAAAGGAGCUUAAGUAUGCUAGUGGCAGUGUUUCUGCUCCUUCCACUUGUGAUGACAGAAAGCGGAGCAAGCAAUGUACUCCGCUGUACAUAGUAGACAACCACUGUUUUCCUUCGGGACCACAUGCCUGGUUUUAUAUUAAAAUUUUCUUCUUUGUUCAUGUUUUUGGAUGGGGAUUAGUUGCUAGAGAUACACUUCCUCCUUUCCGGUUUAUAGGGCUUAAUUCAAAAUUUUCAUGUUUUGAGACCCGCUCUAUUAAAGCGCUGAUGUAUUUUUGACCGCUGCGUUGUACUUCAUUCUCUGCCCGCUGUUUUGAACAAAAAAUUAAUUACAGAGCCUAGUUUUUGCUCC